UAAAUGGCCCGGAAGAAGAACCGCGGCUUCGGGGCGGAUAUCACCGUGAAACUGGGGUCAGAAGUUCUUUCUCACAGCCAUCUUGGAUAUAACGUACUGAGUCGCAACCAUGCCUGGUGAAGCCACAGAAACGGUCCCAGUCACCGAACAGGAGAUGCAGCAUCCUCAAGUGGAGACUGGAUCCGGCACAGAGUCAGAAAGUGACGACUCAGUCCCUGACCUGGAGGAACAGGAUUCUGCACAGACACAGACACAAGCUCAGCUUGCAGCAGCCGCUGAGAUUGAUGAGGAACCUGUCAGCAAAGCCAAACAGAGCCGCAGUGAAAAAAAAGCACGAAAGGCGAUGUCAAAGCUUGGUCUGAGGCAGGUAACAGGGGUCACCAGGGUCACCAUUCGCAAGUCAAAGAACAUCUUGUUUGUUAUUACCAAACCAGACGUCUACAAGAGCCCUGCAUCAGACACAUACAUCGUCUUCGGUGAAGCUAAGAUCGAAGAUCUUUCCCAGCAAGCUCAGCUGGCAGCCGCAGAAAAAUUCAAGGUACAGGGAGAAGCCGUAUCAAACAUCCAGGAAAACACACAGACGCCAACAGUACAGGAGGAGAGCGAAGAAGAGGAGGUGGAUGAGACGGGAGUUGAGGUCAAGGACAUUGAACUUGUCAUGUCACAAGCCAAUGUGUCACGGGCAAAGGCUGUACGUGCCCUGAAAAACAACAACAACGACAUUGUCAAUGCUAUUAUGGAGUUGACGAUGUAAUGGGACCCUGGCAACAAAGAAUUGAAGAAGGGUUGCUGAUUUGAUUUAAGCUUGUUUAUACAAUUUAUACCCAAGAUGGAAAUAAAGUUGUGGCUUGAUAAAAUGAAA